AUGCGUCUCUUCAAGCUAGCCACGGUCCUCGUGGUUGCGGCCUCGGGCGUCCAGGCCCUGGCUAUUACACGCGAUGGUAUCGACAACCAGGCCGUGCAAGUUAAUGCCCGCCGCGAUGCAAAUGCGAAGCUCGUGGCCCGUGCGAACGAAGGCCAGGGAGCAAAUGAGGUUGUUCCACCAUUCCAUGAUGGGGCCACCUCACCCGUCCAGUCCGUAGAGGGCAGUGACGGCAAUGCUCCGCGCGCCGGGCGCAGACAAAGGCUCCGGCAAAAGAUGACAGCCCAGUGGAACAAUGCAGUCACGGGAUGGGGACCCAAGGCGGUGGAUAGUUGCAAAUGUGCUGCAAAGAGCGCGUAUAGCAAGUGUAAGUGUGUCGCGGAGAAAUUCGCCGACAGUCGACGCAAAAAGUCGAGCGCCGCCACCGCUACCUCUUCCGACCAGCCCAAUCUCGAGUCCCAAGGCGGCGAAACCGCAGCCGCAGCUCCGAAAACCUCUUUUUUGGAAACCUGCAAACACGGUAUAAAAUAUGCUGGCGAAAAGGGACAAGUAUUGGGGUGUAAGCUGAAGGAUAUGGCACAAGAGAGAUUCCCCAAGCUACGAAAGUCGACAGCCAGCAAUGGCAUUGAAAUAGCCGGUUCGCCGAUUCCGAGAACCAGAUCUGAAGGUUCUCAGGAGCACCGCGUAGAGAAACGAGGCAGAGACGAACACGAGCAGGAGCAGGAAAUCGAGAAGUUAUGGGGUAACGACGACUUUGGCGCUCCCAGAGGCCGUGCAUAUUUGGAGAAGCCUAAGCCCAGAGUUUCAACCUCAGAUGGUGAGGCGACGGGCCCAGUUUCGGAUAAAAGGAAGUGGCAGCAAAGCAUUGGCGACAAGUGUAAAUGCUUCGGGCAAAAGGUCGGGGAACAGAUGUCCAAGGCAGGAAAAGCGUGCAAAUGUGUCAACAAGAGGGCCAUUCCCACAAUGACCGAUGCGUGCGAGUCCGGUAAAGCAGCAUGCAAACCUGUCUACGAUAGGAUCGCUCCCGCAAUAAACAAUGCGUGCGAGUCCGGCAAAGCAGCAUGCAAACCUGUCUACGAUAGGAUCGCUCCCGCAAUAAACAAUGCGUGCGAGUCCGGUAAAGCAGCAUGCAAGCCUGUCUACGAUAGGGUCGCUCCCGCCAUAAGCAGCGCGUGCGAAUCCGGCAAAGCAGCAUGCAAACCUGUCUACGAUAGGGUCGCUCCCGCCAUAAGCAACGCAUGCGAAGCGGGCAAAGCGGCGUGCAAACCUGCCUACGACAGGGUCGCCCCCGCAAUAAACAAUGCGUGCGAAUACGCCGGUAAAAAAAUGACGGAGGGCAAAGAAGCGUGCAAAUCUGCCUAUGGCAAAUUGGCCGUCCCAAAUUUCCGAAAGCAGCGAGUAGCUGGCGAGGCUGCCGCCACCAAGCCAGCAGAGACGGAAAAUGAUCUUGAAAGCAAUUCCCCUGGCCACCAGAACAGCCGCCGCUCGGGGUCGCCGACGUCCGCCGACGCCGCCGAGGGAGUCAAGCCACCCCGUAGCGGUUUGAAGAGGACUGGUAACAGCUGGGACUUGGCAGGAUAUUUCAAGCAGGCAUGUUCAUCCGCCGAGCAAAAGCUGAAGGACGGCCGGUGUGCUUCGGGUGGUGGUGUGGCCAAGGGCACGCCCAGCUCGCCCAACCACCAGUACCAAGGGCUGUCGCAGGAGGACCCGGACUUGCCCGGACAUUCUCAUCCCGGCUCACCGUCCAGCCCCUACCAGCGGCUCCCGCAGGAGGACCCGGAUUCGCCAAAGAAGCAUCCCAAGAGGGCCGAGUCGGCCGACAGGUCCGGCAUCCCUGGGAGCCCUCAUUACGCUGCCCAGCCUCGCCCAUUCCCGGAUCCUGCAGACCGUCCCGGAUACCAAACUGCGUGGGCGGCUCACAAGCAAAUGGCUCAAGAGAUGGGGGCUGCUGUCAAACACUUGGUGAAGGGUCAGUAG